AUGUUCUCAAAUCUCAUCCACAAGCCAAAGACCUUUACCCCCUUAAAUCAUCACGCUCACCCCUGGCGUCAAGCCUGGACUCCGACUAUCCUUCGCUCGGCGACAUUGAUCGCGUUUGCACUUCUCUUUGCCGCGAUGAUCGUGGUCAUCGAGGUCUUGUCUUCUGUCUCGGCCCAGAAUCAAGGUCUCAGCACCAGCGAAAGCAAAUACCAUUACCUCUGGACGUAUGGUCCGACAGCCGCCCUGACGAUCGUAGCCGCACUAUGGGGCCAGGUCGAGUAUCGCACCAAGCAACUCAUGCCCUGGAGGGCGAUGGCACACUCCGGGCCCCAACCUGCCUCGCGAUCCCUCCUGCUGGAUUAUGUCUCGGACUGGAACGUGAUCGCACUUUUUCGCUCGAUGUGUCACGGCGAUUGGGCGGUGAUACUGGCGAUCUUCGGCACCUUGCUGAUCAAACUUCUCACGGUCGCUUCAACGGGUUUGUUUAUGCUGCAGAAUGUCUGGAUGGAGAACGUGGCUGCUGAGCUUCGCCUUCAAGCCCGCUUCGCAGGGCUGGGGUAUAAUGGGAGUCUGGUGGAUGGGAGUGCCGCGACUCUCGUGGCUGGAGCCCGCUGGCAGCAGUUGCCCUACCCUGUCGGCACGACCGAGGAAUACGCCUUUCAGCCUUUUACGGCGAGUAUAGGUACUAGUAACGAUGGGUUGAUCUCCGGAACGGUGGAUGUUUUCUCUGGGGACUUGAACUGCCAGGUUGCAACCGUCGCCAACUGGACUGAGGGCUGCACUUCGUCCGGGUGCGAGCAAACUCGACUGAACAUCACCCUCAGUACCAGUACCUCGUCCUGCACGGGUGGGUAUCGUUUCCCCAGCUUCCAGAGAAGCUACUCCUCUGCUGGGGGCUUCUACGCAGACGUGUUCUCGGUUAGCUGUGUUGAUGCAGAGAAUGAUCCUCGCGUGGUGGUUGCUGCAGCGCACUGGACCGCCAACAAGACCGAAAUCCACGGCUUGGUCUGCAGCCCGUUGUACUCCAUUGCACCACGCUCUGUCUCGCUACGCCAGACUAACCACAGUGUGGUUAGUAUUGACCCACCCCCACAUUCGAACCACACCACCCAAAGAGUCCUUGCAGACGUGUCGCCAGCAGAUCUAGGGGUAGGGUUUGUGUCCUCGUUGACCGCCGCAGCCGAUAUCCUUGACACGCUGGGCUAUGUCGAUACCUCGACCAAAGGCUGGAAGACUGCGGAAUACAACCUGUCGGACCCGAACAGUACUUACCCCAGUGCAUUCGCGAUUAUCGCGAAUCUGACCGCGCCGCACCCCAUGCGCGAUUUCCUCAAUACCUCGCUCUUGGAGAGUGUAGCCCGACCCAUGUUUGCGGCAAUAGCGGCCCAGGUGGCAAAGCAGUAUCUCCUCUCCUCGUCGGAUACGUCCUUCGAGGGUACGUAUUCGGCGUAUGUCAACCGAUUGCUCGUGAAAGAGCUUUCUGUGCGACUGAUGGAGGUGACAUUGGCUGUUUUGAUUGUCGUCGCUGGAGCGUUGUGCUUCUUCCGACCGGUUUGCUGUACGCCCCGAGACCCAGGCACUAUCUCCGGGCUGGCGAGCAUUCUAGCACAGAGCCCUGCUGUGGAGGAGCGACUGCUACGGAGUAAGAAUGGGACGGAGAUUGCGGAGGAGUUGAAUGGUCGUCGCUACCACACCCAAAUCACCAACGAACGCAAUUGUCUGGGCUUUACUAUCGCAACUGAUAAAACGGCUAAUGAGAGUAUGCGGACUCGGAUCACCUCUGGGCCUAUGAGUUGGUGGGAGCCGAUAUCCGUCUCCGUCUCCUGGCGGGUGAUUACAGUUGCGCUGCCUCUGCUUGUCAUUGCUGGGCUAGAAACGACGUACCAGAUCUCGUCUCGACACAACGGGCUGGGCACUGUGUCUGGGGAAUACAUUCGGUAUACUUGGGUGUACAUCCCCGCGGUAGUCAUGCUGGUAGUGCGCAUCUUCUUCGACUCGAUUCACUUCUCGGCUCUCGUGCUGCAGCCUUACCUGGACCUGCGACGCGGGGGGGUCACUGCACCACGAAGCAUCAUGGAGAAUCACCUGUCCAGCCCGACACUCGUCUCAUUCGUCAAGGCCACCCUACGCCGACAAGGUGCCGUAGGGGCUACUGCAGUCGCCGUGCUACUGGCCCCGAUCCUCACCGUGGCCGUCAGUGGACUAUACCUCACCCAGGAGAUCGCGCACUCCCAGGCGGUCUCCAUCGCUCGUGUCGACAGCUUCAACACCACCAUCGACCCACAUUAUUCUACCUCCAGCAAUGCAGGCGUGGGGCUGACAGGAGCCCUGGUCGUUGCAGCCAAUCUCUCCUAUCCUGCUUGGACUUACGAGGAACUGGUGCUGCCGACUCUCAGUGAGGCAUCUCUCACCAGCAAGCAGGGUCCUGUACAGUACCGCUCCGCCAACGGAAGCGUGGACCGUUCUUCUGUACUGCAGAUGACGCUCCCCGGUCUCCGGGCCCGUCUCGAGUGCCAGAUCCUCGCCGAGGACACAGUGUACAGGGUUAAGGAGCCCAGCGCGCUCCUUUCCGCCUGGAACCUCUAUCUAAACCUGGAUCCCAACUGCAGCCAGAAUAUGUCGUCCAGCUUCGCAGUUAGCACUGACUACCCGACCAUGAACAACACCUCAUUCGGCUCGUUGCAGUACAUGAACCCGAGCGUGGCGAUGGGCCAUUGUCCUACCUUGAUGGGGUGGUACGGCGUCUUGACGGCGAACUCCACGAAGGGGCUGCAAGGGUUCACCUGCGAUCCCUAUGUUGACCGGGUUGAUGCCGACGUGACAUUGACCCUUCCAGGUCUACAGAUCGCCGGGGCAACCGCGAACGAAUCGUCCCGCCGACUCUUCAGUGCGGAGUUUGCGUCGGACCUGCUGUUUCCUAAUUAUCUUCCGCAGGCGACCAACAACGAGAAUCAGGCAUUUGACGAGUUUUUCUCGGCCAUGAUCCACGAUCAGAAGACCCUCGCGGUGGAGGAUAUCACUGGCGCCACCGGCGAUCCCUCGCACUAUGCCGCCGUGAUCAACGCAACUCAGCACCUUUACCGCGUCCUCAUGGCGCAAGGGCUCAACGGCAAUUCGCGGGUCUUCUCCGCCAAUGCAACAACGCAACGAUAUUCGGGAACGCUUAUCCGGCCUAAUCGGGUUCGGCUCAUUCAGAACGCAGCGUCGACGAGGAUUCUCGAGGGCUGUCUGGCUGCGAUGGCGCUCUCGGUCCUGGUUGCGUGUUACUUCUUGCAGACCAAGGAGGUCAUCCCCGUGAAUCCGUGCAGUAUUGCGGGUGCGGCCUCGCUGCUGGCGGGUUCCGAUCUGGUCAGGUCGGAUGUGCUGCCGGCGGGGUCGGAGUGGUGCGGUGAUCAGGAGUUGUUGAGACGGGGGGUCUUUGCCGGAUGGGUGUUUGAAUUGGGGUGGUGGGAUGGAGGGCGGUUCGGUGUGGAUAUUGGGAGGGUAGGCAGCCGCUCUUGCCUCUACAAUCCCCCACUGCACCCCCAGCAACAAUACCACCAAGGAUGA